GUCACGUCUGCUGUGGAUAUAACUCAAACAGGCAGACGCACAACAAGUGAAUGAAGUCUGCAGGACAAGACAUUGAGCUGGGUGGGAGAUUCUUCUCUUUGUCCUGCUGUAAUUGCUUCAGAAUAGAUUGUAGGGGACAGUGUGGCCCCUCCUUGGUUUGGAGCAGCAGAUAGGGUCUAGCCCCACAUCCCAAGACUUGUCCUUUGGGAGAUUACCAGCCAUAGCUGAAGGAUAGUUUACGAUUUCUGGUGAGCUGUCUGUCCAUGUGGUGAUAUUUGCUCUGAUCAGGAUCAUCUCUAAAUCUAAGAUGGCUGCUUCCUAUUUGUGUGUGUUGCUCUUAGCAACAGGACUCUGUUUGUGUUCCACAAUGCAAGUCAGACGGACAUUUAGAGACCCAAGUGGCAAAAAACUUCAACAUAUAGCCCUUCAUGCUCAAACAGGGAAUAUAUUCGUAGGUGCUACCAACAGGCUACAUAAACUCUCUCCAGAGCUGUUUCUUAUUCAGAGUGCCUCAACAGGACCAAGGGAAGAUAACUCUCAGUGCCCACCACCGUUACUUCCAUGCGAGAAAGAAAAAAAACAAACUAGUAGCCAAACCAAAGGAUUAGUCAUUGACUCUAUGCAAAACACACUUAUUUUAUGCUCUAGUCUUUUUCAUGGAUUUUGCCAAAAGGUUUCAUUGAAGAAUAUCACCCAUGUUGAAAAGUUAUUCCUGAAACCUGUGGUGCCUAAUGAUAAAUCAUCAAGUGUCAUGUUCAUUGCACCCAGUGUAAAUUCAGAGCUGGCUUUGUACGUUGCAGCUACCUACAGCAGUAAUGGAAUAAGCACUUAUCGGAAUAUGGUUCCCAGUUUAAGUAGUAGACGACUAACCGACCUGGAAUUUUCUUAUCGAGAUUCUUUUGGAGCAACCGAGAAAAACAUAUUGGAAAAGUUCCGUAGAAGCUUUAAAAUUCGUUUUGUGGAUGGUUUCUCGAAUGAAGGAUUUGUCUAUUUUGUGUCUGUGCAGAAAGAUAAUGUAAAUUCAAGCAGGUAUAUUUCCAAGAUCAGCCGAAUUUGUCAAGAGGACAAGUACUUUUACUCCUAUGUAGAGCUGCCACUUUUCUGUGAAAAUGCCAGUGGUCAGAGGUAUGACAUCAUCCAGGGAGUCCAGGUUCACGAAGGGAGACUGUACACAGUCUUCUCACAGAAUAUCACCUCUUCCACAAUGCCACCAGGAAUGUCUGCGUUUUGUGACUAUGAUAUGGCAGACAUUGACCAAUUGUUCAACAAGACUGUCAGCGACUGCUUUCAGGGUAAAGGGACAAUUGGACCAGAGUUCUACACACAGAGACACACCUGCAAGAAAACAGGGGCACCUGUUGACAUGUGUGGCCAGUCUGAUGUUGCUGAAGCCUAUUCCUCCAUCGAGGGCUCUCUGGCGGUGCGGUCAUCAACCAAACUUGAGAUGCCAGACACAGAUGCAUCUGCUUUGUUUGUCAAACAAGAAGGCAGACACCUCAUUUGUUACAUUGGGACGUCUGCAGCUGAAAUCAGCAAGGUUUUGGUGACAAAGGAUACUGCCAUUGUUGUGGAUACUCAGAAGACAGAUGCUCGUGGACAAAUCAAGAAAAUCCUCCAGGCUCCAGACAAGCAUGAACUGAUCAUCCUGACUCCAGCUAAGGUGGUGCUGUUGUCCAGUGACCACUGUGAGGAUCAUGCCAGCUGUGAUGACUGUAUGACCGUGUCAGAUCCUAUUUGUGGCUGGUGUGUCAUGCAGAACAGGUGCACCUCAACAGACAUGUGUAAGUCAUCAGCAAUCACUCCUCAUUGGCUGCCAUCAGCCGACCAAUCAUGUGCCAGCAUAAAAAACAUCCAACCAGAAAUGUUCAGCUUUGAGAGUCUCGAAAACAAACAAGAUUCAAAACAGAUCACAUUCGAGCUUGACAAGGUUGCUGUCCAACAGAAGAACAGUGACGAUCUCCAAUGUUUGUUUGUUGCUGGGGAAACAAGGCAUGGAACACAAGCCUCUCUCCAGAAUGACAGGAUUACCUGCCCCUUGCCAGAGAAGGACCGCCUGCCAACCAUUCCUCAUGGUAAGGCGAAUAGCCCACAACCAACUCUGAAAGACCACCAGAACCUCGUGCUGCAGUUCCAUGUGCAGGGCCGAUCCAUCGUCACUCGCAGCGUUGCCGUCUAUGACUGUCGUGUUCAUCAAAACUGUACCGGUUGUACAUCCAGCACCUUCCAGUGUCAGUGGUGCCCUGCCUCCAAUACCUGCAUCAAGGACUCCUCCACCUGCCAGACGGGCAAUGCUGUGUCCUCGUCAGACUCAUGUCCUCGCAUUGAGACUGCUGCAGCCGACACAGACAUCCUUGUCCACUCCAUGGAGGAGAAACAAAUCGCGGUCAGAGUACGAAAUCUGCAGGGGGAUCAGACCAAAAACAUGAAGUGUCACUUCUCCUACCUGGGCGAGACCAAGGUUGUGGAAGGCACAAUCCAGUCCACCAGCCUCACCUGUAGUCCUGUCAAGUUCAUGUACAACAGCACCGUCUUGCCGUACGUGACAGCCUCGUUCAGUGUGACAGCCGGAGGGAGUGACUUCCCCUUGGAUAACCCCAGUGGCAUCAAAGUGCGUAUCUACAAGUGCCCACUAAUGGUCACCAACUGCGGCAAGUGUCUGAGUAUGGACGCGGAGUACAACUGUGGCUGGUGCGAGUACAGCUGCACCCUACAGAAACACUGCAAGGGGAACUGGCUGGACCGCUCGGAGACCUGCCCCAACCCACAGAUCCUCAGGUUCAGCCCAGCUAAUGGUCCUAUCCAAGGCAAGACAAACAUAUCAGUGACGGGUAUCAACCUCGGCAAGACGUACACGGACAUCACCAGCGAUGUCACGGUCGCAGGCAUCAAGUGCUCCGUCAUCCCUGACCACUAUGAACCCUCAUCCAGGUUUACCUGUGAGACGGACAAGUCCAAUGCUGCUGCUAGUGGUACAAUCAAGGUGACGGUUGAUGGAAAAUACACAGCUGAGUCAGACUCACCCUUUCACUUCGUUGUGCCCUUGGUGCAGGACCUCAAACCCGAACAGGGCCCCAAGUCGGGUGGCACAGUCAUUACCAUCAGUGGCUUGUACAUGAACACAGGCAGCAGCACAUCAGUCAGUCUCGCUGGGGCACCGUGUGAGAUGGUUAGAUCCAACAAGACUGUGAUUGAGUGCAAGACCUCGCAGCAUAUUUCCGACGACAACAAGGUUGAAGUUGAGGUCAACUUUGGAGGGUUAAAAAAGCUGGUCCCAAAGACAUUCGAAUACAUCACUGACCCCACCAUCACCUUGAUUGAACCAAAGAGCGCCAUUCUUAGCGGCGGGACGUCCAUCACUGUCAUGGGACAGGAUCUCGACCUCAUCCAGAACCCCAUGUUCUUCACCACCCAUGGAGGAAACAUCUACACCUCGAAAUGCCACCACGACAACAAAUUCCAGAUGCAGUGUCCUGUUCCCGGAAUCCCUGCUCGCGGUUUGAACGUGUCGGCUACCAGCCCGCUAGAAGUGCAUUAUGGGUUCCACAUGGAUGGUGUCAUGACCUUGAAGAACAUCUCUCACCUUGCCCAGUUUGGCCUCCUCAUGUAUCUCCCUGACCCGCAGAUCUACAAGUUCCCCGGUGACGCCCACACCAAGAACUACAUCAAGAAGGACCACUUGUCCAUCAAGGGAGAUUUCCGCAGUAUCCCUCCACUGAUGUCCAACGUUGUGGUGUAUGUUGGCCAGGACGUGUGCCUGAACCCCGCCGCCACGGACACUGCCAUCACUUGCCGCCCCCCAAGCGCACCAGGCGGCAUCGACAGCAGUGGCAAGGCACUUGUGAGGGUUCAGAUCGGGAACAUCAACCGCCAGGUGGGAUACCUCCAGUACUACGACAUGUCCAGCCAGGACAAACCAAUCGCUCUCGGAGUCAUUCUGGGCGUCGUACUCCCCAUCCUCGCGAUCAUCGUCCUGCUCACCAUCUGUGUUAUCCGUCGUCACCGCAAACACGGCCCCAGCGAGAACUACAUCCCCGAUGUGCUGAAGGACUACGAGGGCAAGAAGGAGGAGGAGGAGAUUGGCAUGAACCAUGUGUCUGUCAAGGCGGACAUGAACGGACAGAUGACCGAUGAUAAAGAUUCAGGCCCGUACAUUGCGGAGCUACUGGGGAAGUUCGAAGACACGGCCCUCCGUCAGAACAUCAGCUCCAUGUUGAUAGCUCGCAGUCGGCUGGACAUUGGCGAACUUAUCGGAAAAGGCAACUUUGGUGCUGUUUAUAAAGCGCAGUAUCAACGGACAGAAGAUGAGAAACCUGUACAGGUGGCUGUUAAAACACUACAAGGUAAGAACACGGAGGUCGAAGCCAUGCAGGCGUUCCUCCAAGACACGGUACUUCUCAAGGACCUGCAGCAUCCCAACAUCCUGUCCGUGGUGGGCGUGUGUGUCACCGCUAGCGACGACCCCACUGUCAUCAUGCCCUUCAUGGCCACUGAGGAUCUCAAAAACUUCAUCCGGGAACCAUCUAAGAACAUAACAGUAUUAGAACUAGUAGAUUUUGCCCGCCAGAUAUCGGAGGGAAUGACGUAUCUAGAAGGUGUGAAAGUUGUCCAUAGGAAUCUAGGAGCCAGAAACUGCAUAGUAACCCCCGAGAAGACAAUCCUGCUGACUGAGUACGGCAUCACACGAACGCUGUUCCCACAAGACUUCUACUUUGGUGAUGACAGCACUGUGAAGGUGCUGCUCAAAUGGAUGGCACCUGAAGUUAUUGACGACUUCAACUUCUCCAGCAAGUCCGAUGUGUGGGCAUAUGGUGUGGUGAUGUGGGAGCUGUUGACAAGGGGGGUAACUCCGUACCCCGAUGUGGACAGUGCUGAUCUUCCUGCCUACAUCAAGGGAGGCAAGCGGAUGAAGAAACCCAAACAGUGUCCGGAAAACAUGUACCAGCUGAUGCAGAAAUGUUGGACUGAGAAACCAGAAGACCGACCCACAUUCCAGGCUGUUCAAGAUGAGCUCAAGACUUUCAUCCAAUCAGAUGAAGGUGUGGACGAAGGGGCGGAGUCAAAGCCACUCAUGAGCAAUGUUGAUAUUGGUGGAUCAACGGAGUACUUGGAAGUGAUUGGAUAAUUGGAGACUGUUUUUGACUUUCAAGACCUUAUUCCCCUGCAAUAAAUUGCCACACAGAUUGUUCAGGGAUCAACUAUAUUGCCAUGAUGAUAUGGAAGUCCUAGGAUCAGAAUCUCAUAUCCGAACAGAUGAUACUUUGAUAAUCUGAUUGGAUAAAGUUUUAGAUAAUGUCAUUUGAUUGGCUGAAACAUAUUUGAAAUUCCAUGCUUGUCAGCAGUUUGAAAUCAUCUAUUUCGUAAAUGUUGUAUGACUUGCUAAAAAGAAAUAGCCAUCUGUUUUAUGACAUGCCGGAAGAAGACUACGAUGGUACAGAUAUGACAGUGUGAAGAAAGUGAACAAACAAAAGAGGAAAUUUCCCACUGCUGAAAUAAUUAUUGUUCACAUCAGUUAAAACACAUUUUCACACAACAAACAAGAAUUCCACAAGCGGGUGUACCCCCUGAUAUGGCAUCCCUAUAUGAUGACAUUCGUACAAGGGGUUUAUGAAAAUGGACACUGAGAAAUCCUGAUUUCUCCUGAAACAGAAUGAUAUUCAAGUGUGACAAUAACGUGUGCCUCUGCAGUGUUUGGUGGAAGUCACAUGAUGCGAACUGGGGCCACUGUAUAAUACCGGUAACAUGUUGAUGCAUUUUACAAGACUUUUUUUAUUUUUAGUUUUACAUGACACUUAACUUACUGAUGGUGCUAUGGACCUAGUUUAAUGAAACAGUGCAAAACCCGACAUAGGUACUUUUAUCAUAUAUAGAUCUGGAUCUGGUUUUACAUAGGGUUAGUCGGGGGUAGGUGUAUCCUUACUUGGGACUAAGUCCAGCGGCAGCUUAUUAUGCCAUCAACUUUUGUUGAAUUUCUUUUUUAGUUAUAUAUCAUGUAUGAAUUCUUGAACCAGCUAAGAUGAUUAUAAAAAGUUGGAAGCAUUGGUUCAUUCACUGUUUCAGUUGCUGGAAACCUGAUCACAGAUUUAUGUAUUUUGAAAGUUUACCUGAGGACCAUGACUUUAUCAGCAUUAAGCUUAAUAUCAAAUCAAACUUAUUUUCAGUGAUUACAUUUUAUAUCAUCUGUGCAAACUUAAAGCGUUUUUGUAAUAUUUUGAGAUGUGGUGAACAAAAUACAUUUUCAAUUCUCUGUUUUCCGUCCGUAGGCUUCUUUUACAUCCAACUAACAGCUGUUUGUUGCAUAUUGGGGGGGGGGGGAUAAAUGUUCACUCAUUACCUCCAAGACAGUGAUGUAACAUUUGCACCAAUGAUGAUCGAUACUUCAAAAUUCUUAGAUUGAUUUGUUUUUCUCGUAAAAUUAGAACACAACAGCUGUCAAUAGUUGGAAAUUAUGCACAAAAUCCUGCAAUAAUUUCAACUGCCUCAUUUGAUGAACUUGGAUGCAUGUGUCAUAUUGAGUAGUCUCCCUUUGUUGUACAUUUCAAAUUCUGCUUUUAAGAAUGGCUCUGUCCAUGUUAAUUAUGGUGCAUGUGUGAUAUGUGAAAUACAUCCUUUUGAUGGAGGUACAAGUAUUUUUCAGUAGAUAGUUAGGUGUGUUUGAAAUAUUCUAUUCUUUUACAACCCCAACAUCAAGCUCCUCACAGUGAUAGCCCGUUCGCAGAGCUCUCUAUAAUAUUGCCGACACCAGUCAAAGCUCUCCACUGUGAUUUGUGGCUACAACCAUGCUUGGAGUUUAACUUGCAACCAAUUGAUCGUUAUGUUUACAAACAAGGGAGAUAUUCAUGACGCCAAAUACUCUUACCCCAGCUAAAUUGUUGGGUUUUUUAAAUUGUUAAUUUGAAUUUCUAUUUCAUUUCCAAUAUCAUGUAAUUGGUAUUGUAAGAAUUGGAAGGGGGAAGUUGGGUGAUUUUCAGUUCGUCUGCAAUCUCAAACCAAUCUGAUCAAACAAACAAUUGAUCUCAGAAAGAAAUCAGUCAUAAACCUUUUUAAAAUUCUCUUUGAUGGCAUUCCCAAAGACAAGCAUAAACAUUACUACAUUUGGGGUUUGAGGGCAGAUUAAAAAUAUCUUGUAAUGGCCACUCUCACACUGACGGCAGUGAUGUUACCGAGGGCAUAACGAAGGUGUCACAUGCUGGGAAGGAGCUUGUCCCAUCAUUGUAGAAGGGAGUUAACUCCAAUGCUAAACUCAAUGGGAGAUAACUCUAGCUAAGGAUGGCUUAACCCUCCUCCAUAUUGUAAAACAGUAAGCAGUAGAUGUGCCCAGUGUUUUAUAUGUAAGAUAAUCACAUAUUUAUUUUUAUGUCUGUGUAUGUCUGCUGCAACUGGAUACCCCCUGUCUUACCAGUGAUGUUAGCAUGAAUAUUCAGGCCUACAUACAAGAACUGAGUGUUAGCCGGUAAAUCUAUUAGUGCUGACACGACUGAUCAACAUUAGACUUCUCAAUAUUUUUUCAGGUGCUGAAACAAUAUUUGCAAUGAUCAGAUUUCUCAAUGUCAUGUCAACAAAUGAUUUAUUACAGAAAGAGAAGAUUCUUUCUUUGAAAUGCAGUUCACUUGGUAGAAGUUCAAAUUUAAAAAAUUUCACAUACAUUGUGUCUGUAACAUUACAUAGGGCUGAAUAUUUGGGUUGGGUUGGAAGUUGUACAAGUGUGCAUGUCCCUAGGUAGAAUGUGUGUAGACAGUGGACAUCCUCAGGCUGCAUAGACGCUCCAUGUUAGAAAUGAAAUCAUGUUGUAAACAUCUUCCUCAAUAAGUAAUCAUGUGCUCUUGAACUACCAACUAUUUCUCUACAACCAGUAUUGCAUGUGAUAUAAUAUUCUCAAGGAGUCAUCCCUUCACAAGCACCUGUCACAUUCUUUCACUUACUCCGUUGGUGCUGAAGAAAAACAUUCACAGUGUUUUGAUGAAGUUGUUAAAGUUGUGCUUAAAAGCAAUAUGCAUAAUGAAUUUCUGCCUUUUAAAAAAAUUUCUGGAAAAUUGAUUUUAUAUUGCAGAAAUAUUGAUUGAGAAAAACAUGAUUGAUUUUUAAUUAUAUGUAAACUAUACAAAUUUGAUGCGUUUAUAUAUAAUGCAGAAUUGCUCUCUUAAACUUGGAUAAAAUAUUUUCAUAACUCUUGCCAAAUAUUUCUAACUUUUAGGAAAAGAUUUAAAUAUUUUUUAUGAUGUGCUUCCACUUUUGGUAUUUUUGUACAAGUUUGGUAAUUCCUAUGUAUUUACGUUUGUGUACAGCAAUCAAAUUGUGUACUCUUUGAUAACAUCAUUUCUGUUGAGUAUUGAACAACAUGUACACAAUCUAUUUUCUAGACUGCAUGUGUGUGAUUAGGAAACUCAUGUAAGACAUCUGUGAGUUUUAUUCUGAAUAAGGAUUGAUGCACUCUGGAUCAGUUUCAGUGAGACUGAGCUGAGUUGGUGGUGUCCUAAUCGAUGAAGUGUAUCAGUUAUGUAAUUGGUUAAACCUCAAUUAAUUUGCAAAAUUUAGAUGUUUGCUCAACUGGUUUUUGUUCAUAUCCUGUAUAGUUGUGUAUGAAUAAAUGAACUUUGUACCUCACAGACUACCAUGGUACUGUGGACAAGAAAUUAAGCGAGUCUUGUGGUACAGAAUGACAUCCCUUGAAACCAAAAUAGUGUUACCCAUUUUCUAGGUAGGGUGAUACCAUGGUAGUUUUGUGGGGAUGACAGGUUCCCAUGUAUACAUGUGAUGGCAGAUGCGUGAGACCAGUAGUCUAGCUGUAGAUCUAUGCACUGUAAUGUCAGUUGAUUUUUCUACUUAUAUGGUGCUUGCCGAGCUCCUGUACAUAGGACAGAUGCGCUUUUAACCACAAUUGUAAUGUGCUUCAUACAACCUUUGUCUAUAAUCAAAGCGAUCUUAGUGACAUUUUGACUAAUUUAUGAUGUUUUUAAUUUUAUAUGGCUUUUGAUAAAUAAAAGCUAAGCUUUGUA